GAAACACAAAAUUAGAGCUCAGCGAACUCAGUUUCGGUUUCCCAACAGCAAGAGAGGGGGGAGGAUGUGGCAGCAGAGCUGGCUUCUGAGCUUAGAGCAGCCCGGGGAGAGAUAAGAUGUACUAUCCGGUCCUUUAGCCUGCUGGAGAAACAGGGGUGGCAGAAGCAGAGAGGAUUUAUUCCAACGGGCAGCCUGGUCUGGCAGAGAUGGAGCCCUCCCAGGACCUGUAUGAGACCCCUGCAGACAGGCUGGAUGCCUUUGUGGAGCACUGCCUUCAGCCCCAGGGAGAGUGGAAGGAAGAAGUUCAGGACGCCUGGCAGAGAAGCGAGAAGUUCUUGAGGAAUCAUUGCUUCCGGGAUGAGCUGCUUGGAGACCAAGAAGUCAGGGUGCUGAAGGUGGUGAAGGGUGGCUCCUCUGGGAAGGGGACGACGCUGAACCACAGCUCCGACGUGGACAUGGUCCUCUUCCUGAGCUGCUUCUCCAGCUUCCAAGACCAGGCAAUGCUCCGGGGACUCAUCAUCAGCCUCAUCGAGGAGAAAUUGACUCACUGUAGCAGGAGCCUGGCCUACAACAUCAAUCUGGCCCCGCGCAGAGAGACGACCAGGGUCCCCCGCUCCCUGUCCUUCCAGGUCCAGGCCAGGAGGAGCAGUGAAAUCAUCAGAGUGGAUGUGCUCCCGGCUUUCAAUGCUCUAAGAAAUUUUUGCCCGGACUCUAAACCACCACCGGAAAUCUAUGAAAACUUGAUCACCACCCAUGGCCUCCCUGGGGAGUUCUCGCCAAGCUUCACAGAGUUGCAGAGGCACUUCGUGAAAAGUCGUCCUACUAAGCUAAAGAGCCUCCUGCGGCUGGUGAAACACUGGUACCUGCAGUACGUGAAACGUAAAUAUCGAAAAGCAGCAGUGCCCCCAAAAUAUGCACUGGAGCUUCUGACUAUCUAUGCCUGGGAAAUGGGUACAAACAAAAAUGAGAGCUUCAACCUGGAUGAAGGAUUUAUAGCUGUGAUGAAACUCCUCAGAGAUUAUGAAGACAUCUGCAUAUAUUGGACCAAGUACUAUGAUUUUGAAAAUGAAGUUGUCAGAAUCUUUAUCAAAAAACAGUUGAAGGAAUGCAGGCCCAUUAUCCUGGACCCAGCUGAUCCCACCAACAACCUGGGAAGGGAAAAGAGAUGGGACCUGGUGGCCAAAGAGGCCGUUUACUGCCUGAAGCAGGAUUGCUGCAGGACGGAAGACUCCAGCCAAGCCUGGCACGUACAGCCAGCAAGGGACGUCCAGGUGAUAGUGAAACACACAGGGUGGGAGCCCUGGACACUCUCAGUGGACCCCUACAGCCCCAUCUGGAAGAUGAAAGUGGAGAUCAAGAGUAGGUGUCGCCUCCAGGGACAGCAGCGUCUCUCCUUCCAGGAGCCAGGAGGAGAUCGGCAACUGCUCAGUAGCCGGCGGACCCUGGCAGAUUACGGGAUCUUCUCUAAAGUGAACGUCCGGGUGCUGGAGACCUUCCCUCCUGAGAUCCAGGUGUUCGUGAAGGACUCCAGCGGCCACACCAAACCUUAUGCCAUUGACCCUGAUAACUCCAUCCGUGACUUGAAAGAGAAGAUUGAGGAGGCUGGAGGACCUUGCGUGGAGGAUCAGAUACUAAGGUUCCAGGGUCGGAAACUGUGGAAUCAUCGCAGCCUCUCAGACCUGCAGAUAGAGGACUGUGACACCAUCACGCUCAUCAGGAAAGACUACAAUUCUCCAGUAGUGCCAGUGGUCUGGCCGUUCACGAUGUAGACUUCUCUGUCCUGUCCCCCCAGCCCACCUCUUUCUACCCAAACCACUGUGUUCCUUCUGAACAUAAAUACCCCUCCCCUGCUUAAAUCCUCCAAUGGCUCCUAUCACCUACAGAAUAAAGUUCGAGUUCCUUUGCUUGGCAUUCAGGGACCUUGACAAUUUA